GUGUGUGUGUGUGUGUAGGUCUCUGUUACAGCAGCUGCAGUCUCUGCAGGCGGUGGUGGCCGGCAAAGUCCCCAAGUCCUGCAGGAUGGCAGGAACCCAGACAUCAUCGUGCCUAAUGGUGGUCGUGUUGUGUUUCGCUCUGUUUUUGGGGAGUUUCUACCCGAGCAGUUUGACGCCGUGUUCGACCGUCACUGACAGCGGCCUCGCCUCCAAACAGCCGGCUGUCAAAGAGUCCUACACGGCCACAGUGAAGUCGAGGAGUCUGUUGUCGACUUUUGACGACGAGCAGCCGCAUGUCCUCGGCCUGGGCGGGGAAUACCCCGACCAAUGGGAGGACGCGCCGGCCGUCGUCAUGGCGGCGUGGCGUCGCUCAGAGCAGCAGAAAGUGGCGGUGGAGCCCGACAUGAUUGAGACGCACCCACCUUUCAGGCGUCAAAUCAACGAGACGCAGACGUCCAAAAAGCUGCUGCUAGACCUGCACAGGUCUCUGGAGCAGAGGACGAACGAGAGCAGCAGUAAAGUGAUAGAGCUGGAGCGGACGGUCAACGAGACCUCCUGAGGUUCAUAUCAACCCCCCCCACCCCGAAACCCCACGAUGACCUUUGACCUCCCCCUGUAGAGCGUGGUUCAGUGUCCUGGAGCAAACCUCAUACAGUAGAUCCCACUGCUGAUCGGUCCAUCUCUGCUGCAUCAGACACACUGUAAUCAUUCAUGAUGAUGAUAAUAAGAAUAAUAUUGAUAAUAAU